ACAGAAGCCAAACUGACGGGAGGAGAUACCCGGUUAGGUAGGAAUACUGUGCCAAAUUGACAAAUAUUCUUUAUUCUAGUCAAGUAGUCAAGGUCAUGAUCCCCAAAUUGUCUGCAAAAUAAGGUGGCGCCAAAGUGAAUAAGAAGAGACAAGGCGUGGUCCGUGGAAGUUGGGAGACUAUUAUUUGUGGAUCACAAUAGUGAGAAAUUAACUAAACAUCACAAACAUGUCUCACAAGCCGACGCCUUAUUCACCCAAUUUCCCGGCGAGUCAAGGCUACGCACCGCCAUCUGACGAAGAAAAGGGCAAAGAGAGCUACCCUCUUACUCAGACAGGGUACCCUAACGCUCCGCCAGUCGGGUACCCGGGUCCCCCUGGGCCAAUGUCACCUCCGGGGGCACCGCCCGGCCCGCCUGGGCCUCCUUUGCCCCCAGGAACUCAAGCUGGCUUUCAGCCCGGUUACCAACCUGGUUUCCAGCCCGGUUUCCAGCCUGGAUUCUCGCCGGGCUACCCGCAGCCACAGCAGGGCUACCCGCAGCCACCACAGCAAGGCUACCCGCAUCAACAGCAAGGGUACCCCGCACCUGUUGUACAGCAACCACAAGGUGUCCCGCAAGGUGCUCCAGGUGGAUGGAUGAGCAUCCCAACAGGCCUGACGAACUGUCCCCCAGGCCUCGAAUACCUCUCCAUGAUCAACCAGCUGCUUGUCCAUCAAAAGGUCGAACUUCUAGAAGCCUUCGUGGGCUUCGAGACCAACAAUAAGUACACUAUAAAGAACAGCGUCGGGCAGAAGGUGUACUUCGCUGUGGAGGACAAUGAUUGUUGUACGAGGAUGUGCUGCGGACCUAUGAGGCCGUUCGAUAUGAAGAUCUUGGAUAACUUCCAGAACGAGGUUAUCCACUUACGCCGGCCGCUCGCCUGCUCAACCUGCUGGUGCCCUUGCUGGCUGCAGUCCAUGGAAGUCACAGCUCCUCCGGGCACCGUCAUUGGAUCCAUCGAGCAGGAGUGGUCUAUCUGCAAGCCUAGCUUUGCCAUUAAAAAUGCAGCAGGAGAUGUAGUGCUCAGGAUCAAGGGUCCGUUGUGCACUUAUUCGAUCUGCGGCGACGUUGGUUUCAAGGUGUACUCAAAAGACGGCGAAAACAAGGUCGGCAAAAUAACGAAGCAGUGGUCAGGGCUGGCUCGCGAGGCGUUCACCGACGCGGACUAUUUCGGGAUCAGCUUCCCUAUGGAUCUGGACGUCAGGAUCAAGGCAGUCCUGCUUGGAGCCUGCUUUCUCAUUGACUUCAUGUUCUUCGAAAAGUCCGGAAACCAAGAAAAUGACGGAGUCGGGAUGUUGUAAAACAGUCAUUGUAAUGGGGAAGAUGCAAAAGAAAUAUUUACAACAUAUUUUUAGCCAAUGAGACCAAAGGUUCACUAAGGACCGACCACACCGGGUUAAACCAGAAGAAUUUCCUACCCAGUUUCCCUUGGCAGACAUGUCUCACCUCGUCUUUUACGCUGACGCGUAUUUCACAAAACAGUUUAUCCUCAUAAGACCCAGGUCAAUUUUUCCGAUUAAUUUGGCACUUUAUUUUAUUUCUAUCACAGUUCAACACUCGAAUAGUAUAAUUUGUAUUGUAGAAGUACUCUGGCACUUACGAGACUAUGGUACGUCGGUUUUGGGGCCCAUUUCUCAAAACUGAAAGUUACAAGUUACAAGGGGAAGUCUCUUUCCAACUUGUCAUAUUAGACAUUGACUACCGCUUGUAAAUUGUAACUUGUAGCUUCGAGAAAUGGAACCCUAGUGUGAAGCGAGGGUGCAGGCUUCGGUGUGGCCGAUCCUUUAUACAAUUCAUUGUGUGAUACUAUACAGCACGACCACGGAUGAUUUUUAUUAAUUCUGAUGCGGUACAAAUUCACGAAAAAAAAAUGUACUUUUUUGUACUGACGUUUAAAAAAAAUGUACCCUUAUGAUUU